CGGAGUCACUCAUGUUAAUGUGGAGGAGAGCACAGCAUCUUUACCGGAUGUCCCGCGCGGAGCUGCAGUUAGACUGGGCAGCAGCAGGGUUCCCGACCAGGACAGCCUGAAUGUGAUGGGAGGGGCGGACAAAGCAGCAGCAGCAGCAGCAGUCUGGGGUCCAAUAUCUACACUGCUUACACUCAGUACCCCCCCACCCCCACCCCCUCCCCACUUCAGAAAACCUCAGGGCCCCAAAUGCCCAUGUGCUUUUUUUUUUUUUAAUGCUUUUCCGUAACACAGGAAGCGGCGAAGCGAAGUGAAGUUGGAGGGGUCAGGAAUCAUCAGUGGGAAGGUGUUUGUGUUGAUGUUUUUCUUCUUUGGCCCGGUGUUCACAGUAAACCAGGAAAAUUGCUUGGUGUAGCUGUAUCGGAGAGAAGGCUCGGGAGGAGGUGAAACUGCGGGAUAUGAUGACUGAGAAGCAAACGGCGGCAGAGAAGAUAAUAACAGAUGCUAUGGCUAAUCCCUCUCCAGCAAAGAGUAUGGGUGACCCUGGAAUCACUCCACUGUCUCCCACACACACUCAGCAGAACGACACCGAUCAGGUCCAGUCACAGCCGUCCUUUGUGGUGGUGGUAGCCAUUGACUUUGGCACCACGUCCAGUGGUUAUGCUUACGCCUUCACUAAGGAGCCAGAGUGCAUUCACACCAUGAGGCGUUGGGAAGGUGGAGACCCUGGUGUGUCAAAUCAGAAGACUCCCACCACAAUCCUGCUGACUCCAGACAGGAAGUUCCACAGUUUUGGCUAUGCAGCUCGUGACUUCUACCAUGACCUAGACCCCAGCGAGUCCAAACACUGGCUCUACCUAGAAAAAUUUAAAAUGAAGCUCCACACCACUGCAAACCUGUCCAUUGACACAGAUCUCCACGCAGCCAAUGGAAAGCGAGUGAAAGCUCUGGAUAUCUUUGCAUAUGCAUUGGCCUUCUUUAAGGAGCAAGCACUAAAGGAGCUGAGUGAUCAGACAGGCGGUGAUUUUGACAACAAUGAUGUGAGAUGGGUGAUCACUGUUCCUGCUAUCUGGAAAAUGCCUGCAAAGCAGUUCAUGAGGGAAGCUGCCUAUAAGUCUGGCCUGGUGUCCCGUGAGAACCCAGAGCAGCUGAUCAUCGCCUUAGAACCCGAAGCAGCAUCAAUCUACUGCCGCAAGCUCCGCCUCCACCAGAUGGUGGACCUUGGCACCCAGACUACCCAGAAUGGCUUCAGCCCCACUGAAAAUGUGGGGAGUGGAAUGACCCAAGCCAAGGAGCAUGUUCGGCGCAACCGGCAGAGCCGCACCUUUUUGGUGGAAAAUGUCAUAGGGGAGCUUUGGUCGGAGCUGGAAGAAGGUGACCGUUAUGUAGUGGUGGACUGUGGUGGAGGAACAGUGGACCUGACUGUUCAUCAGAUCCGUCUUCCAGAGGGUCAUCUAAAGGAGCUCUACAAGGCCUCAGGUGGCCCCUAUGGCUCUAUCGGGAUUGACUAUGAAUUUGAGAAGCUGCUGUGUAAGAUCUUUGGCCAGGAUUUCAUCGACCAAUUUAAGAUCAAGAGGCCGGCUGCCUGGGUGGACCUGAUGAUUGCAUUUGAGUCUCGGAAAAGAGCGGCUGCCCCUGACAGAACCAACCCCCUCAAUAUUAACCUGCCUUUCUCCUUCAUUGACUACUACAAGAAGUUCAGGGGCCACAGUGUGGAACAUGCCCUACGCAAAAGCAAUGUGGAUUUUGUUAAAUGGUCGUCUCAGGGGAUGCUGAGGAUGAGUCCAGAUGCUAUGAAUUCCCUCUUCAAGCCCACCAUAGAUCACAUCAUCCAACAUCUCACUGAGCUCUUCGACAAGCCAGAGGUGAGCGACAUUAAGUUCCUGUUCUUAGUGGGAGGCUUCGCUGAGUCACCCCUGCUUCAGCAAGCUGUCCAGAACAUGCUCCAGGGUCGUAGCCGCAUCAUCAUCCCCCAUGACGUUGGCCUCACCAUCCUGAAAGGUGCUGUUCUGUUCGGCCUCGACCCCAGUGUCAUUAAAGUUCGCCGCUCCCCCCUCACGUACGGUGUGGGUGUCCUCAAUCGCUUCGUGGAGGGAAAGCACCCGCCAGAGAAGCUGCUGGUGAAGGAUGGCACUCGAUGGUGCACUGAUGUUUUUGACACCUUCAUUGCGGCCGACCAGUCUGUGGCGCUGGGGGAGAUGGUAAAACGGAGCUACACGCCGGCCAAGCCUUCCCAGCAAGUUAUUGUUAUCCACAUCUACUGCUCCGAGAAGGACAGCGUGGGGUUCAUCAGCGAGCACGGUGUCAGGAAGUGUGGAACACUUCGUUUGGAUGUGAGUGGAACGGAAAGCACAGCACCACGCCGUGAGAUCCAGACGCUCAUGCAGUUUGGAGACACAGAGAUACGAGCCAUGGCAGUGGAUGUGUCCACUGGACGCACUGUCAAAGCUAGCAUUGACUUCCUAAGCCAUUAAGUAGGCCAUGAGAGAGCUAAUAUAACAGAAAUGUUGAAGGAAUCAAAAUAGAAACAUAAACAACAUACACACAUACAUACACAAGCAAAGGUGCACAUACUCAAUAAGCUGGGGAUAUUUACUGGAAAGUACUAAUGAUUAAUAAUGGAUCUCAAGGAUCACUCACUCUCAUUGUAAGCGUGGCCGGUAGAAAGUUUGAAUGAAAAUGCUAAAAUUCUGCUUAAACUGGGGCUGAAAUUCAACUGUAGAAUCUGUGUUAUGACAAGGAAAAGUAUGUUAUAGGUCCAUCACUUCACUCCAUCCCAGUAGUUUAUUUGCUGACAAGCUCCAUGGUGUUCACACGUUCAUAACAAACCCAUAUACCCUAUGCUGAAGGCUACAGCUUUGUUGAGUCAAGUUUAAGAGCUUGUGAUGCUUGAUCACUUCUCAGCCAUAAUGUAAUAAAGAACAUCUUGUCAGAUCUUGUCUCCAUGCAGUUCAGAGGAAGGGCUUUCAAGGCCAGAAAAAACAUGUCAUACAGUAAUAUUCCAACGAUGAUAGAUACACAUUCAGAAUACAUUUUUACAUACUUCUUCAUGCUUUCUUUAAUGCUCCAGCAAAGCAUUAUAUUUCUAGACUGAUGCUGAUUCAUGCUGUCUGGUUGCUCCACACGGUGUAUGUGCUCCAUAAAACUUUGUGUGAUAAACGUAUAAAAAGGUCAUAAUGAUGUGCCAUUUAACUUUGAUUGAAGGUCUGUUCAUGUCAUCUAAAAAUGAAAUCAGCUCCAUUUUGCAGCAGUUCAAAGGACCAUUCAAGUGGUUUUGCAUGAUUCAGCCCUUUUAACAUAGUGUAAACCAUUAAUAUGUCACACUGCUGCCAACUGUUUUCCCCAGCAUAGCAUUUUAUUUUAGAGUGAUUGACUACAUUCCACAAAGUCCUUAGUAAUAGUAACCCUCCGUAGUGAACAUAAGUCAGCCUAGUUUUUUUUGCCAGUUGACUGUGGGGCAUUUUUGGCCACUAGUGGGCAGUAAAACAAGAUGUAAACAUCAACAUAUUAUCACCUAAUAAAGUUAUCAUGUGAGCAAACAAUCCAAAUUUCCAAAUCAAGAGACGUGGAGCGAUAGUAGCAUUCAUUUGAAGUUCAUUUUGAAGACCAAUGUUGACUUUCCUUUUACCUCUGGUUUGGUCUCCACCAACUCCUAAGAAAAAUACCUGGCUCUUUAGUUGCCACAUGUUCCACUGUGUUCACCAGCUAUUCUAUAAUUAUGCCUGUCUGCUGUUUGGUGCUGGAUAGGUUGUGUACAGUGGGUUUAUCAGAGCUUUUAAAAUUUCAAUAGGCCAAUCAUGCAAAGCUGCCAGUAUGGUCCUUCAAGAUCCACACAUUCCAAGAAUGUAGAGCGUGCUGCAAGCUCAAUCUGACAAGUACAGCUAUCCAAUGCGCUUAAUUGUUGCCUUUAUUCAUUUAUGCUUCUGAUAACUAGAUGUGGACCUGGCCACUUGAAUAUUUUGACGCCAGGUGUGAUUCCAGUCGAAACAGUGAAAUAUGUUUAUUUCUGUAAAUACAGUAUUUAAAUAUUGUACAGAUUUUUAGCAUUGUUUCUGCAGCUUUAGAGCCAAGAGUGUGUGUGUGUGUGUGUGUGUGUAUGCAUGCUUUCACAUGGACAUCUCUCAACACAUUUUUUCUCACCAGCCAUAGCAUGAGAGGCCGAGGCAGGUUUGAUUGCCUUGUUGAUUCUUUUUUUUUUUUUUUUUUUU